AUGUUUAAAUUAUUGUAUUUUAUUUUAUUUUUAACAUCAGUGAGAGGUGAAUUUGAAUUAAAUAUUCUCCAUUACAAUGAUUUUCAUGCAAGGUUUGAAGAAACAAGUCUGUCUGGUGGACUUUGUGAUAAAACCAGCGAGGAGCCUUGUAUUGGAGGGUUUGCUCGACUAGCUACCGCUGUACGUGAGGCUAUGAAUCGGGAACAGGACUCCAUACUUCUUAACGGAGGCGACAGUUUCCAAGGCACUAUUUGGUACAAUAUCUUGAGAUGGAAUGUCACACAAGAUUUUAUGAAUAUGCUGCCACACGAUGCUCACGUACUUGGUAACCACGAAUUCGACAAUGGUAUCGAAGGGGCUGUACCUUAUAUAAAAGCAUUGAAUUCAACAGUGGUUACAGCAAAUAUGAUCGCUGAUGAUGAACCUACUAUUCAAGGAAUAUACAAACCUAGUACUAUUGUGGAAAGGAAUGGGAAAAAGAUCGGUAUAAUUGGUGUUAUUAUAUCUUCCACUGAUGAAUUAGCAUCGACAGGAAAAUUGAGAUUCACUGAUGAAGUAGAGACAGUGAAAGCUGAAGCUGAAAAAUUGAACCUUCAGGGCGUGGACGUAAUUAUAGUUUUGUCUCACUGUGGCCUAGAUAUCGAUAGAGAAAUUGCACUUCACGGAGGUCCUUAUAUUGAUAUAAUUGUUGGUGGUCACAGCCAUACACUAUUAUAUAAUGGAGAGCCCACUGAUACUUCUGCAUUCAGUCCCCAAGGACCUUACCCUAUUGUUGUGGAACAAGAAUCGAGAACGGUAUUAAUUGUUCAAGCUGCAGCCCAUACCAUAUAUUUAGGUGAAAUCAAAUUGUAUUUUGACGAUUCUGGUAAUCUCCUAAAUUGGGUUGGUAAUCCUCAUUAUCUUGGAAGUGAUAUCGAGCAGGCUCCUGAUGUACUUGCAAAGAUCGAUGAAUAUAUUCCACUGAUAGAAGAAAUGGCAAAUACUCCAGUUGGUAACUCAUUAGUAUUCUUAGAUAGCAGUUGUGCUUGUAAAGAAUGCAACCUUGGAAAUUUAAUUUGUGAUGCAUUUAUGCAUUCGGUAAUGGACAGAGCGGAAGGCGAUAAUUGGCAUUACGCACAUUUUUGUGUCAUAAACCAGGGUGGGAUUAGAGCUGCUAUCACACCAGGAAAUGUGACGUAUGCUCAAUUAUUAUUAACGAUACCAUUCGAAAACAGAGUGGAAGUAUUCGAAUUAAAAGGUGAACACAUAAUAGAGAUGCUCGAGUUCUCUGUAGCUAAUCAACCUUGGCCAGGCGCUAGAAUGCUGCAAGUAUCAGGUAUAAGAACGGUUUUUGAUGGCUCUCAACCAGUCGGCAGUCGUGUUGUUAGUGUGACCGUACGCUGUAUAGAAUGUGACGUACCAAGAUAUAUACCAUUAGAUCUCAAUAAGUAUUAUAGGGUUGUCUCCCAGAAUUUCAUAGGAAAUGGCGGCGGGGGAUAUCAUAUGAUAUCAAAUAACAGACGGAACGUUAUAGAAGUUGGAUUAGACUACGAAGUGGUGAAGAAUUAUUUUGAACACCAGUCGCCUGUAUUCGUGGACAUAGACGGACGAAUGCAAAUAAGUGAUCCUUGUAUUGUUUGA